AUGGAAGAUAUAUCUACGUAGUUUUUAAAUUAUUUGAUUUCAUAAUAAAAUAGUGAUAUUAGUACUGAUUUUUUUCCUGAAAACGAUGAAUUAAUUAAUAUUUUGUAAGAUUAUUUUUUGAUGCUAUAUUAAAUAUAAAACUAAAAGUAUGUUGGUACGUUUUGCAAUCUUUAAAAUUGUAUAUAAUUUGUGCAAAAGGAGACCUACUACAAGCUACUAAAAUAAAAAGAAGAUGAAAAUGAGUAAUCUCAAAAUACAAAUAACUAAAACGAAGAUAAUAAAAAAUUUACUAAUUUCCCGCUCAAAGAGUUAUCUUCAAUGUUGAAUGAUAAAGAUAAAGAAAAGAUAGAUUUAAAAAAUAUAUUUAAGUAAUGCAUUAAAUAUUCAUAAUAAAAUCAUGCUGAAAACCCUUUUGAAAUAGAAAGUAUAGAGCCUAAUUUUACAAAAGUUAUUUAGGCAAACAAGCAUAAUGAGCAAUUAGAUAAAAACCCUUAUAGUGUAAAAGAAGGCUAUCUCAAUAGUAUAUAUAAUGAGAAAAAAAAAAUUGAUUUUAGUAAAGAAAAUGUGAUUGAUCUUACUGAUGAUACGUACUAGAGAAAGUAAGAUGAUGAUAGAAGAUAUAACUAGUAGCAGAUAUAUAAUUAAAAGAAUAUGAGUUACGACUUCAAGUAGUAAGAUAAAAGACACUUUGUAAAUUAGCAACAUUAAAAUCGGGAAAUGAUUAUUAUUGAUGGUGAAAGCAAUAAAAACCAUUACUCAAACAAUCGUCCUAAUAAAAUCUAAGAUUCGAGGCCUGUGUCGCCAAAUAGAAGAAGUUAAGAAAGAAAGAACCUAAGGGAUGAUUAUUUUGAUCAAAAGCACCACUCGAUAAAAUAAGAUAAUAAUAGAUAACUUUCUAGUUCCUAGUAUAAUAGUAUUAAUAAUUUAAGAGAGAGGGAUAGAAGCUAUAAUAAUAAGGGUAGUGAAGAACAUAGAAAACAAUUAAAUAAUAUUUAAAAUAAUAAAUUUUAGAAUAACUAAAAAUAAUAUUAAAAUAACUAAGGUUAUAAUAAUUACUCAAAUAAAUAUAAUUUUAAUAAUGGCAGAUAUUAGGACUAUAGGUAUAAUAGAAGAUUAAGCUCAGAGAGAGGAGAAAGGAGGAGUUAAAGUAGGUACAGAGAGGAAGAUACUCCUUUAAGAAGUAGACCAAAAGGUAAUGAUUGGGAGAGCAAUUAUUAAAAGAAGAAAUCUGUUUCUUCCUCUUCUUCAUCUUCAAGUCAAAGUAGUAGUCGAAGUGUUUAGCGAAGCAAUAAUAAAAGGAGCUAAGAUUAAAGCUACUUAAGAAGAAAUAGUAAUUAGUUCUCAGUUUCACCUUAGCACAAGAACAGUUAAUCACCUUAAAUUAGAAAUCGUAAUUAGAGUGACUCCUAAAGCAAACUUAGUAUCCACUCUAAUCAAAGGAUUAGUGAACAAAAAUUAUUAUAUCACUAAAACGGUAAUAAGAGUGUAAAUAUACCUCAAAUAGCUGCAAAAACGAUAGGAAACAAUAAUUAGACUUAACAAUUCAAAUAGCUUUAAUAAAAUAAAUUUAUUGGGUAAAAAUUAAACAGUAAUAGCAAUAUUAAUAUAGAUGGAAAUGGAUACAACAGUCCAGAAAAAUAAAUUAAUAACUACAAACCAUUUAAAAACUCUCCAGUUAGAAGCAACCAAGAUAAAUUUUAGUUCUAAACUAGCACGAGAAACAAACCUUAAGAGAAUUUUUAAUUUAAUUUUCAAAUUCCUUCACAUAUAAAACCUCCAAGCUAAAUAAUAAAUCCAGUUAUUUAGUAAAACGGGUUACAAUAGUUCCCAAAUAAUAUAGCCCAAACCCCAACCAAUACUAUUGAUAACCAACAUGAAAUUAAAAGUGUAAUUUAAUAAUAAGUUUUUCCACCUUAGCCUUAGUAAGAUUAAAAGUUUUAGAAUUUUCUUAUGUUUAAUCCUUAUUCUAACAUUUAACAAAUUCCAUAAAAAAGCAAUCAAACAUUCAAUCCCUUUUAUGGAUAAUCUAAUUUGUUGACAAAGGGUUUAGAAAAGCAAUAAAGCAACAAUUGA